CAAACACGCAUCAUGACAAGAGAUAAGCUGGUCAGCGGAGCAUGCGUGAAUGAAACAGGCAAUCACAGUGAGUGGCUAUUUUUUUAAGAAGGAUGCCUUUAGUUUUGGAGACUUUCUUUUCAUGUACACCACAUAUUUCUCGCAAGCCAAAAAGCACAUGCAAUAAAUGUCCUCUUACAGGACAGUAAUUCACUUGAAAUAUAGCUGACAAGAGCCUUUAGACACUUUAAGAAACAACGCCAUUGAAAUAGUCUAGAAUCAUUCGUGCUGCAAUGAAUUACGACUUGUGACACUGUUAUCUUAGAAACAGUUUUAACUUUGAAUUUAUUUUAAACUGUGAUGUUCCACUUCUAUGUCUAUGAAUAUUAUGGCCCUGUAGAAUUCUUGCACCGACCAACGUUUUUUAAUAACCUUGUACUGACAGAAUGUGAAACACAUAUCAUCAAUCUACGUGAUUCUUUACAUUAUACUCACUCUCAUCUAAUAACAGUUUGUUGUUCUGUCCUGAACUCAGAGGAAGAAACGACUUUGUACGUAGAAGCCUACAAUAUAACAACAUCAAGAGCUGUCAUAGCCUGGAAACUUCUGCAAACAAAUGCGUCUGAGUUAAUCCCAGUGUCUGGCUACAUUGUCAACGUGACAUCAAAACAAGAUAAGGCCCAAGUGAAAACGGUCAACACAAGUGUACAUUUAGUGGCGUUUGAGAACUUAAAGACUUUCACCAACUACUGCGUUACUGUUGAACCGCUGACAGUUUUAACAGGACUUGGAAGAGAUAUUUGCUAUUAUUUUACAACAGACGAUGAUAGUAAGUUUGCUUAUCUACUUUGGGGACUUAUUUUUCGCAGGAACCUGAUAUUUUUCUAUUACGUUAGUAUAAUAAUGAUGGUUUAUUAAAAUACACAUGGUGGUAUGAAUUACAAUGUGCUUACAUAAGUUACAACUAAAAAUAAAAUUACAUUUGUUUCAGAGGGACUGGGAUUACAGGCUAUUUAUGAGUUACUUACAAUUCAGAUAUAGAUAAAGGACAAUACUAGAGUUAAUUAGACUUGUAAGAUUAGUUAAUUUUCGCCAUUGCUGGAAAAAAACUAGAACCGAAGCGUUUUGUUCUAUACUGGAAGUGGCUAGAACUGCUACUGUUCCUAAGAUGAUAAGAGUGGCAUUCGGAUCGCACGGGAGGGAAAAGGCGGUGCAGCUGGCCAUCCGGGUUAUUUUUGAUAUUAUGCCACACUUUAAGACACAGGUGGGCGCUUCUAUCCUCUAAACUGGUAAUGUUGGCUCGUGCAAGAGCCUGUUGAUAGUGCAGGUCAGGGUAUACGAUUCGCAGGGCCCUCUUCUGGAUAGCUUCAAGCUGGUCAAUGAGGAAGCGAGGAAGUCAAGUAGCCCAGACAACAGAAGAGUAUUCUAGGACAGAGCGAACCAGGGCGCAAUAGAUGGUGACAAGGUUCACUGGAGGGACCCCAGCGCUCUUCAAGACCCUGAGAAUGUGCAGUCGCUUAGACGCAUUGGAAACGAUUUCGUUGGUGUAAUCGUUCCACUUUAGGGUGUCACACAGGGUCAGACCAAGUACUUUGUAAGAUGACACUGCCUCUAGAGGUAAAUUAUUGCUGGAGAGCAUUGGAGAGACAGGCUUGGUUUUGAGUGGACAAAUGGUAAUGAUCUUGCAUUUUUUAGGGUUGAGGUUCAUGUUGUUCUGCUGGGCCCAUUGCGAAAUGCAGUUGAUGUCGUUCUGCAGAGAUGACGCCUCCCUCAAACUGGUGACCUCAGAUAUUGUAACGUCAUCGACGUACUUCCAGUGGCUCGGGCGGAGGGGGGAGUCAAUAGCCAGGUCAUUAAUCAUUCUCAAAAAGAGGAUUGGACCCAAUUUGGUGCCCUGGGGACACCAGCAUGUACCGGCAUCCACUCUGAGAUGGAGUCCAAGAGCUUAAGAGCCUGGCGGCGACCACUGAGGAAGCUGCAUAUCCAACUGAUCAACCAAGAUGGUAUGGUCAAUAUGAUCAAAUGCUUUACUAAAGUCUAGAAAGCACACGCAGAGGAACUUUCCAGGGCAGUCAAGAGACGACAGCCAGUUGUGCAGCAUAUCCAGAAGGCAGUAGUUUGUAGACGUACCUCUAAGGCUGCCGAACUGUUGGAGGUCAAUAUGGUGUUUAACGUCGUCUAUCAGCCACUCGACAAAGAAAUCUUCUAGCACCUUAUAGAGCACUGGGGUCAGGGCGAUAGGUCUUAGGUCCCCAUCACCUGUGACUGGUUUGACCUUUGGGACGGGUGUUAGAUGGGAGUCCUUCCACCGUUCUGGAAACACGCCAGAUGACACUGAGCAAUUGAAGAUCGCAGUUACCGGUUCGGCAAGCUCGGGUGCAAAUUCUUUGAGGAGGCGCGCAGGAAUACCAUCUGGCCUUGACGCCUUGUAGGCACUAAGACCAAGUAGCUUACGACAUACAGCUGAGGUGGUAAUAGUUGGAGGUCGAUCCGGCGAUGGUAAGUAUGUAGAGAGGGCGGCGGUAUCGAGUGGUUGGAUGUCAGAUGUAACAGAUGUAAAAUAACUGUUCAGACGAGUGGCAAGGGUUUUACCCGAGAUAAUGUUGCCAUGUUCGUCAGGAUAGUUUAACUCGGAAUCGGUAGAAGAUUUACCAGCAAGCUUGCUCACCAGGCUUCACCAGCUUCUAGGGUCUGAGGUUUUAAGACUCUUCACUUUGCGGGCGAAGAAUUCCUUCUUGCGCUUACAGAUUGCCAUGCGCACUUUUUUCCUGAGGAGUCGCCAUCUUUCAUUAGAUCCAGAAUGAUACGCGCGCUGCCGCUCCAGAAUUAGUGAUUUAAUUUCGGCAGACAUCCAGGGUUUGUCAGUCGGAUGUAUUUUGACACUCUUAGCCGGGAAGUAGAUGUUGAUUGCGUUGCAGAGGUCAUCAGAAAACGCCGUUGUCAGACUGUCCACCGGUAAGUAGUCAACUGCGCAUGAGUGUGCAAACCAGCUAUGUGCACUAAACCAUCUCCCAAAGGCAUUGAGAGCGGACUCAGGAAAGCGACGCAUUUUAACUACUUUUUUCUUAGCCGUCAGUUUGCUAGAGCGAUAGUUAGGAUUGGGUACCCAGUGAACCGAGCAGUGGUCAGAAGACCCUAAGUGCGCGCUUACAACAGGCUUGUUAUAGUAAGAAGCUAAAUUUGAGAUCACUAAGUCUAAAACACUAUUACCUGGGCUCGCGGACAAGCUGUUUUAGGGUGUGGUUUGUUAGAAUGUUCGUAACGUCCAGGGUGUUAAAAUCACCUAAAAGGACCACCCCGCAGUCUGGAUGUGCGGACUUAACAGAGUCAAUACGCUCGAUGAUAUAACUAGUACGAGCCCGCUGUGCGUCAGCGGGUGCAUCCGGGAAAUACAUAGCACCAACGAUGAUGCCAGAGAAUGGACGGGGCAGGCGCGGAGGGCGAAGCCUUAGCCACAUGCAUUCAUGGUCUGGUGACUCAAGGUCAGACCUCCCUUUAAAGGGGAUGCUAGAUGAGACAAUAGUGCAGACACCACCUCCACGAGUUGGACGGUGCAACCACGUGAUAUUAUGCUGGGCAUAACAAUGUCUGUAGCUGAGGGUUCGUUGCGAUCACAUGUACUCUAGCUACAUUGCUUUUAUCUCCUGAUCCUAGCAUUAACAAUAACAGGAUUUUCUGAAACUCAGUAAAUAACGCAUGCAAUAUGUCCUUGAUCUUUAGUUCCAGACCUCCCACCGCAGAAUAUCACCGUGGAAAGCCGUGGUUCAGUGUUGCAUUUGAAAUGGAAACCAGUCCCUGAGCAAAAUCGAAACGGAGUCAUCCUGGGUUAUAAACUGAUUAUAAAGUUGACUAGUGCAACGUACCAUCAACAAAAGCCAAAUGAUGAGGACACGGAGCAUUUGUCGCGCUUUGCCACUGUCCUGGAAGCUAACGUUUUCUUCUUCGAAUUGCGUACUGUUGAAGCGUUUACUUGGUAUUGUUUCAAGAUGCUGGCGUUCACAAGGAGGGGAGAAGGACCUUUAAGUUCUUGUGCUUUUAUUCUCACUGAAGAAGCAGGUAGGAUUAAAGCUAUGUCAAGCUAUUUCCCCAACCCUUUAGCAAUUUCGUCUUAUUUGCUUGCAACAUUAAUUUAGGGUAGAUUUGUUAUUAGCAUAGUAUUAUGUUAGCAUAGCAGUCGCAUUUACACGCUGGAAUUUUUAUUGUUUUUGAGCUUAAAAACAGCAACAACAAAAACAUCCAACGGGAAAAUAAUCGAGCUAUGCGGAUAUGCUGAAAAUGAAUCCACCCCAAAGUUUUAACGGCUAGUCUCGAAAGAAAAGGUGGUAAAAAUCGAAAGCGAAUCAUGUCAGCUUAUCUAAAAUAAACAAGAAAAGUGCUAAACAGUUACCAUGUUUUCUAAACAGCUAGAAUCACUUUGGUCUCAGAAAAAUGCUGGACAAUAAUAAUAAUAACACAAUAAUACCGAACAAACUUGCUGUCAUUCAGUCAUACUUUUUUAAAUUGAAUCUUUAUUAAUAACUCCACAAACAGUACAAUGCAAUUAUUAUUCAUUCAAAAUAUUUCCCCAGUUCUGAUUGGCUAAAAGCACACGCAUAAUUCACCAUAACCACUUACUGAUGACCAAAUUUGGAAGCAAUUUGUGUUUAACGAGAAAAUGACGUAAAAAAUGCAGCCUUCUACAGGUUAAUGCGCCGUUAACCGAGAAGACCUGGGGACGAGGUUGAGUUGUUUUCGUUGUGAAAACUAAAAUGGCGGACACUUCACUCGUUUCAAGAGUAAGAACUUCAGCUGGAACUAGGCGAAAUAAUGGAUAUAAAAAAAAACAUAGCAAAAACAGCAAGAAGACAAGUCGGAGGGCGACAUCUGCUAUUUGGAGAAUAUUUGCGGAGCUGGACCAACCUAAACGUACACUAUCGAAGAUAAACUUAACAUCGAUGCAGGUAAGCAUGUUUUAGCUAUGUUUUCAAACUAGGAAUUAUUUUGAAUGAAUAACAAAGUAAUUAACGAAUUCGGCUUUCGUAGGAUAUGAAGAAUUAAGCAGAUCUGCUUACUUUUUCAUAUCCUAUUCAGCCUCAUUCAUUAAUUGAUAAUACCGGUCGAUCGGUUGAUACAGGCCUGAUGAGCCUGAAAACUAUGCUAAAAGAACACGAUGAAGAGAACCAGUCCUAAAUUUUUUGAUAAAGCAACUUUUAAAUAUAAGGAAAGACGAUAAAGGUGAAUCGAUUGGACCUUGCGGCCAAGUGACUGUAUAAGUAGUAUGGAAGGGAAGUUUUAUUCCACUUUAUUCCACUUUUUGUAAAUUUCUAACUUACCCUCUCCCCUUCCUGUGCCUUCACAAUAAUUCAAUAAUUUCUCUCUUCCUCCUCUUCCUCAAUUUUGUUGUCUUUUCCUCACCAGCAUCUCACAUGUUUAUUGUUUUCCUUUACCUCCUCUAUCACGAAGUUUCCACGGUUUCCCUUGUCCACCAUCCAUUUUGUAUUGUUUUUCUCCAACACCAUAUCUUCACUGUUUUUCUUUCUCCUCAUUCUCUCUUUAGAUGGGUUCUAUUACUGCUUAUGCAGCUUCGCUUUUCACUAUUGAUGUCGUUACUAGUUCUUUUUUUAACAUAAUAGAUUGUGUUGCAUUCUAACCUAAGAUCAGGCUCUAUUUUCGUUUCGCUUUGAAAAUGACCUUCCGGCAGGCUAAAAUUGGGCCUGAUCUCAGGUUAAUUGCAUUCAGAGGUUGUUAACAGGUUGUUGUUGGGGUAGAGAUUGUAUAUUGCGAUGCAAUAUAACCAAAAAACCUAUUUGUCGUGGAGGAGGGAAAAACAACAGAAAUGUGGCACUGGUGAAAAUGAACGAAUACAGUAAAGAUAUGAUGGUGGUGGAAGUGAAGGAAUACCAUAGAAAUGUUGUGGAGCUGGAAGUGAGUGAAUGCAACAGAAAUGUGAUAGUAGCGGAGCUCCACGCGCGCGCGAAGCGCGCUCGUGGGCGGAGCCCCAUAGCUAAGGGAAUCUACCCAUCCAAGAAAAUUUGGUAAUCGCGUGACCGUACACCUAACGAACGAACGAUUGACCGUCCGUCCGCACCACAGGGCAACCAAUGUUUACUCUCACACUUUCUAGCGAGUUUGGGAGCCCAGGAAAAAAACUUAUUGCACAUCAAUGUUGUGAUCAAUUGACAGCUGUCAAAACAGGGUAUCCGCUGACCAGUAUCACCUGACCGUACCGCGGGCUCAAGUGUCGACCCAUCGAGGUCAAGUCUUUUUUUGCAGUUAUCCGUUGACAAAUUACCAGCUUCAAAUGAUCGCUGGCUUAAGUUUAUUUUUUCCAGUGAUUCAUAUGAAAUUUGUUGUGUUUAUGUUAUUAAGGCCCCGCACUAUUAAGAUUUUGAUUUCAAACUGACGUCGGACGCGAAAAUUCAGCCAGGUUUUUUAAAAAUACAGGCGGAGAAGACCUUUUCUUACCAUGGUCACGCGUUGGUCACGCUCUACGUCCAAUUUUUAUGCUCUGAUUGGUCAAAAUUUGACAGGUGAGUUCAUGCGGAAAAUUUAUGCAGCAUCUUGAAAGUUGUUUACUUUGACAGCUGAAGCUGACAGAGUUUUGUGUCAACUUGUGAUGUUUUUAACUGCCUUUUUAGACCGGAUGUACAAAAUGAAAUACAGCUUCUAUCAAGAGUCUUCUGUUAUUCAUGGCUGGUUUGUUUAUUGGGUUUUUGGUUGAGAAAUGCGUCGCUUGUCAAAAUUCGGUAAUCCUAUUUCGGAUGGCAUCGUUUUUGUUUUUUCUCUUGCUUAAUGCGUAAGAGGGUUUAAAAGUCUCAACCAACUGUGGCCUUCCUUGAUAGCUUUCAGGAACUGAAUCUCGAAUGGUAAGCCUGAGUAAUUAUUGUAUUUGAUGUUUGUUUUUGUCAUAAUAGUAGAGCAGAUAUGUGCUUGAAUUGUUCACUUUCUGUUAAAAGCAUGAAAUUUGGCAUGAUGAUAGUUUUCAAGGCCCUAAAAAAGAUAGGAUAUGGUGCCAUCGCCAAAAAGUCCGUUAAGUGCGAAAAAUAAGAUUUUUUAAAAUGGCGGCCAUUUUGAACCGGAAGUGAAAUUAACAUUUUCUUUAAAACGUCUGAAUUUUAGCAACUUGGAUAAGAAAAUGUCAGCAAAUGCCUAAGGCAGCUUUUUUUUCAUACAGAGAGAUAUUAUUUCAACGCAGUGUCUAAAAAAAAAUAGAAUAGAGAAGAUAUAAGUGAUCGCCAGCUAGACCGGAAGUAAAACUACCAGAGUCCGAACUUUUAAGGAAUGAGAUUAAACUUCUGUUGUGCCUGCAGUGCUGGCUUUCUUUAAUUGAAUAUUUUCUUUAAAUCUGAUGUAUACACUCAAUUUGCUAUUUUCAUUGUGUAUAAUCCAUUAUUAAACUUGAGCCUACUUUUGCUAUGAUACAGAACUUGAAGAAUAACAGGUGAUAUCUCGGUGACCUAAUGACUUACUGCGCUUUUCACAAACAUGCAUACUCUAAAGUUCAACAGCCGCCUUCACAAUUGCGUUUUUCGCUGCCGUCAAUCAUAAUUACGAUCACAAGCAACGAACCUUGAAACACAGAAACACACAAAACAGAUCGAAAUCCACCAGUCACAAAUCACAAACCUUGACCUUUUGAACCCGUUAAAGUAAAGUUUUGUUUCCUAGGAGGUCCGUUAAGAUGAUUGAAGGCAGCGAAAAACGCAAUCGUCAAUUGGCUUUUGAACUUCAGAAUUCGCAUGUUUGUGAAAAGCGCAGUAAUACUUCAUGCAGACGAGUGCUUGUAAUCGAAAAAAAGAGUUUAAGACUGCCUUUCAUGAUUGUCACUCUUCUGGGUACAACCCUUCUUACGAGCGUACUUGACUAGUUCCACGCUCAACUUUGUAAUUUCUGACAGUGGAGUGCAGGAGAGUCGCCACUCUCCUGUUAGAGAUAUCUAGCCCCAACUCCUUGCGGACUAGGAACCGAGAUGCUUGGUACCAGUGCCUGCUGACUCUAUAUGUGGCCGGCAUGGUUUGCCAUGCCCUUGAAAUGUUUAAGUAAUAUGGGCCAGGACAAAGAAACUACUUUUGGCUUCGUCAGUUGACCUUAAAGAACUACUUUUUUAUCGUAUAGAAGAACGUGUAAGCGAAAACCACUCCGAUUAUUUCUGGACUGAGGUGACCAGAAGUAUUCAGCGUGUCACAUCCUGUGAAUUCAUGGAAUGGAGGACGUGCAAUCUCAUAGGCUGCAAGGUAGCGUAGAUGUACCUCAGCAACAAGAUAUAUGAUAAGGAAGCUAACUUGGCUUCAUGGUAUAGAAGUUUCAUGGGUAGUUAGAAAGGAGAGUGGACUUAACGAAAAUGUCUUUGGAGAGUCUUAACUUAUAUUUUUAUAUAUUAUACCUUAAAAGAACGGAAUCUGCUUUGUGAUAUAGCAUGACGAAAAAUGUUUUCUAGCGAAUUGACUUCAAACGAUGCAGGGGAAAGACUGGACAUCUGUCCCUAGACGACAUGCGUUGCUCACUGUGCAAUGAAUCUAAAAAGCACCUGCUUAUUUCGAUCUUUACAUAAGAACUAACUUUUUCCAGUUUCUUAGUAUAGCUCCCGAUACACGUUUUCCCCAGAUCUUAGUCUUCUAGCUGUUCUCGGUGCGACAUAUUUGUCCCAUACUAUAUCCAAGAGAAUACGUUUUACAUGCUCAGGGAAUUAACGUAAGUGAUGUAUAUUCGGACAACGCUUUUUCCUUAUUUUCUUGCAUGUGGACUUUAACAUGAUAAUCAGUGCUACUCAGUCCAUGAUAACGAAAUGACAUUCUGGGGGGUGAUAACAGUGAAGAUAAGAGGCUAACUCUCAUUUCUGUCGAGAGAGGCGCAGAGUCAUUUGAUAGUGAAAUACAGAUGAGUGAAACCGCUGCCCGGUUAGCUCCAGGCCCUGGUCCUUCAAACGUUGGAUAGCGCUAUCCACCGGAUAAAUCACUGUCCAGCGGAUACGUAUUAGGGAAACCAAUUGCGUUAUCCACUGGACAGACUUUUAUCCAGUGGAUAGCGCUAUCCAAUGUUUAAACAACCGGGCCAGGUGGGUAAGCACCGGUCCACUAAGCCAGAAGCCGGGGUUUCAAACCCCGGUCGGAUAAACUCUGGAUCAGGAUCUUUAUGUAACUGACGAGAAGUGCUGCCUUUUUACGGUCAUCUGCAAACGUUAGACUUUCUAGUCUUCUUGGGAAAAAAAAAAAAAAACCGUAAGCCCCGUCUCACAGUUCGUGUUCUUUAUCUUGAAAUGCUGUGGAAAGUUAAAGAACCCAGCCCACUGUUUGUAAAGAGUAGGCUGAGUAGGGUACCCGUUACCUUCCAAAACGGAUUUCCCGGAAACUUUUUGAAAAUGGUAAACUUUGAAAUGAGCAGAUGUUAUCGUGAAAGCAAUUUCAAUCCAAGAUGUACAUGCACAGAGUGUUAUUUAUACUCCUCAAUAACACAAAAUGGUGGAGCUAUUAUACCUCGAAUUACUUUGAAAGCCGCAAAGCAUUUUGCAUUCUAGUUAAUAGUGGAUCAACUCUUUUAACCUUUAAGCCCCAAUAUUCACAUACAAAUUCUUCAAACUGGUCUCUGAGAGAAUUUUAUAAAAGAUCAAAGCAUUUUCUCUUAGGUGAUUUUUAUUAAUUUCUAAAAACCUAAUCUCUUGACAUUGUAUGGAUAUGGUCAGGAGAAAAUUGAUGUUGGUCACUGUUAGCCGGACUUAAAGGGUCAAAACAAGUAAAAAGAAAUAAUCUAUUUUUGCUAGUUUAAUUUGUUCGUAUGUUUGGCCUUUCCUUUGCUUAAAGAUGUGAAUCAUUGUUUCACUUUUAUUUUUGAAAUUCACUACUUAAACUUGAUGAAUUGCCAUUUUAUCUCGCUUUUACUUCCGGUUUUAUCAUUUAAACCGCUCAUUUGUAACACGGUUGACUUUUUUAUACGACAUAAAUAUCCGGAAAAACAUAGAACAAACAAUUUUGUCUUCAUUUUGACCUUAACGGUCUUAACAUGCUAAAUUUAGUGUACUUUCGGUUAGGUGAUAUUUACUUCCGGUCAAAAUGGCGGCCAUUUUAGUAAUAACUCCAAAAACCGGUUUAAGAGGAAAAAUUUGCAGUGGCACCAUAUCACAUAUUAAUAGCCCAAUUAGCUUAUAUAAUAAACAAUUUCAUCGUCAUUUUGGCUUAAAAAAAUGCUUCAUUUUGUGUACUUUAGAAUAGAUGAUAUUUACUUCCGGUCAAAAUGGCGGCCAGUUUAAUUUUCACUCUAAAAACCAGUUUUACAGGAAAAAUUUACGAUGGCACCAUAUCACAUAUUAAUAGUCAUAAUUAGUUCUGUCAUUCCUGAAAAUUUGGUGCUUUUAACAAAAAGUGAACAAUCCGGCCCCAAAUCUGCACAUAUCCGCCCCACUAUAUCUAAUUUCAUGAAGUCGAGCACAGUUUAUGCGGCAAGUUUAUGCACGUUUGUAAGAUUUGAGUCAAUGAUCUGACACAGUGUCAGGUUUGAUAUAAGCUUACAGGACUUUAAAAGGCCUUCACAAUAUCUUUUCUCACCGCAAAGAGAAAGAAAACGAUCUGAAGAAUAUUUAGUUAUAAAUUUGGCUAUAGAAAGAAAACUUUGAGCGAUUUUCUUGCUUCGAGGAGUUCACCUUCGAAAACGGUAAACACCGCACCGGGAAGCCGCGGCUUAAGCUUUACGCUUAAAGACUCAGGAUUUUUAGAGACACUUUAAUACUUGUCUUCGUGAAUGAAAAUUGUUGCCUCUGUUAAUGUUUCACCGAAUUAUAUUUCUUUUAUUGAUUGUUAGUAGUCUCUCUUGCAAUUUUAAUCGCUUGUACGUGCCGGUUGUUUUCAUCGUUCAUGAACAUCGCUUGCAGGAGUACUCAAAAAUGUCGCGCGUAUCAAACGCUUUAUAAGAUUACACAUCGUUAUAACUGAAACCAUUAAAUAACAAAAAAAAUAAUAAUAAAUUCGUUAUUAUGUUGAAGGGUAACUCUAUUAAAGUUCAUUCAAACACUCGACCACACUGACAGCUCGCACUAGAAAUGAGAACCGGCUGGCCGUAUGGGUGAUUUUGGAAUUUUUUUGAACGGUUUCGCUAAAAGCCCACGAUUGAUCGUCCUGAAUAUUGACUAAGUGUAAUUUGUCUUGAAAAAUUGUGAAAUGCCGCAUUCUGUCCGAGGUUCGUAUGAAAAAUAGAAUUGUUUCACCUCAGAUGUGAUGUAUAUUAAAAGAGUAUGAAAGGUUGGUUUACACACCCCUAGAUUUGUUGGCAAGAAUUUGUAAAGUAAACCUGUCGAACGCAAAAAAAAUGCGGCUUGAUUUGUUUUCCAAGAAUUUGUUUUUGAGGCCUAAUCUACUGUGAUCAAGAGCCAUUAUGGCUCUUGAAUGUGAUCGAACAUGUUUGCUAUUUUUUGGGUGUACAUAUAAGGCUAUCAACUCGAUGUAAGAUGUUUCACUCUAAAAUAACUUCGCCUGUUCCUCAAAAGUCACAUGAAUGUGCCCUUAAGUUAACCGAUUUGUGGAUUACAAGUUUAUUGCUUGAUUUAAAUUAUAAAUUUAUUAAUGGGAGCUUCGCUUUUAGCCCUGGCUAAAUCUAUAUAUUAGAGGUUGUGGAAAGACAGGAAGUUGACGAGAAUGAGGAGAAGGGAAGUAAUUUAAUUGUGGGAUAAUAAUGUUUACUGCUAAGAGAAAGCUAGUUUCCCAUUGCUCUCAUGAAUAAGUCUAAUUUGCGGGCUACCAGUCAGUGAGCCGGAACCUUAGACAAUACUUGCGACAGGAAAUAAACCGCGCGUAACCAUGGUUUGUUUUAGUUUAUUUUUGUCAAAGGAAAUAAAAAAACAAUCAGUGCCUCUCUAAAUUUAAUCAAUGAAUCUAAAGCAAUGGAUGAUCUUAAUUUAAACUAAUAUAUAUAUUAGCCACAGCUAAAAGCGAAGCUCCCAUUGAUAAAUUUAUAACUUAAAUCAAACAAUAAUUUUGUAUUCCACAAAUCAGUUAACUUAAGGGCACAUUCAUGUGACUUUUGAGGGAAAAGUGGUUUUAGAGUAAAACAAAUUUUGUAUCAAGUUGAUAUAGCCUUAUAUGUACACCCAAAAAAUAAUCUUCGGUCACAUUUAAGAGCAAUGAUGGCUCUUGAUCACAGUAGAUAAGGCGUGGAAAACAAAUUCUUGGAAAAACAAAUCAGACCGAAUUUUUUGCGUUCGACAAGUUUACAAAUUCUUGCCAAUAAAUCUGGGUGCGUGCAAACCAAUCUUUUAUUUUUUUAUACACCACAUCUGAAGAGAAAGAGUACUAUGAGGCGCUGGUUUUAUCAUACAGACCUCGUACAAAAUGCAGUAUUUCACAAUUUUUCAACACAAAUUGCAUUCGUUCAAUAUUCAGGACCAUCGAAGUACGCGUGGACUUUUAAUUAGCGAAACCGUUCAAAAAAUUUCCAAAAUCACCCAUACGGCCAGCCGGUUCUAACUUUUGACAAGCGCCAAAUCUGCGAAGAAAUUUUCUGGGAUCGGUAGAUUUCCUUAGCUAUGGGGCUCCGCUAAAAACCCGUCAAACUAGUUAAACUAGGCACAACAUUAAAAUAGAACAUCCUAUGUUCUGUUAUCACCCUAUGUUAAUAAGAUGUCUAUUUAUGACUUUAUCUGCGUUAGAACCUUAAAGACAUGGGAUUCCAACUAAACAGUAACUAAAAGUGCGGAGUAAAACAUUUCUACCUUACUUCUCGGGUAAUUGCUGAAUAAAGUAGUGAUUCUUAUACUGUCACCUGUUAGCACUUUCUUAACAUUAAUCCCACAUUUCCCCUUCACCUAGUAGUGAUAACGCCGCCAUCAUGUCAUUUUCACUUUACACGAGCGAAUUGUAAGUCGAAGAAGGUGCUUUUAAUGACGGCUUCUUUAAGACGACGGACGUCUUAUCCCGUGCGACAAGAUAUGUUUUAUAUAACAGAAAAAAGCAUGCUAAAUCUUUCCAGACCCUAAUGGCAACCACCAAAAUUUGACGACCGGAAUAUUUUCGUACAAAAGCGGUUAACAAAACAACGCUGACGAACGUUGUUUUUCAGUACCCAGCCUGCCUCCAAUGAAUGUGUCUACCGCACCAUUAAAUGCUACUUUCUUUUCCGUAACUUGGGAACCUGUACCUCCUGGUCACAACCAUGGAAUAAUUCUUGGAUAUAAAGUAUUACUCGAAAAUAUGGAAGAUACGUCGUUGGUAUUGACUGCUAUUGUGAAUGUUAACCAGACUUGGAUAAUGUUAAAGGAAUCUAGUAAAUCAGCGUCAAUACUUUGCGCAAGAGUUGUAGCAUUCACAAGCAAAGGAGAUGGACAAUCAAGCACUUGCAAUGAGGUGUGGACUUGGUCCGAAGGUAAACUAUUCUAUGGGUCAUACAGGCGAGUGAGAUCGGUCGAGCAGCCGAGUAUCUUAAUAAUACACCAUUUUCAAGCAUUUUACACACCUAAAAUUGGCCUGUUCUCCAAUGGGCCACCUACAGUGUUUAGUGUGGUAUCUGUUAAAGUCGUGAUUUAAAUUCUGGUUAAGGCUGACUUCUCCAUGUUUUCUUGUUACCUACUCAUACUUUUUGUUUAGUCACCGCAAGGAUCUUCAUUAUUAUUCUAAAAGUGUCCACCAAGGUUGUUAAAAAUUAAGAUGGUAAGCCUCCACUGUCCUCUUUAGCCAGCAGCAGGUUGUAGGUAAAUGGCAUCGGUUUCCUGUCUAUCGCUUUAAGUGACCUUAAACUAGAUGUUUUGUGUUCGUCCGCCCUUGAGUGAACCUUGAGAUAGGAUCAAUGCCUGGAUAAUUAUUAAAUAAAAACAAGAGCCAUUAUGAUCUCUUGAUAAAAAACAACUUGGCAAACCUAUUGGCCUUGGACAAGGUGCAUUCAAAGUACUCCCAGAUGCCAACUAAUGAAAAGACAAAAUCGAAAAUUGUUAUCAACAGCGAGGAAAAACAAAACCGUAAAAAGUUAUUCCAAAAUUUUCGACCGUAAUUGUCCGUCUUGUUCACGAGAUCACCUUGUCCUCUACGGACAAGGCCAAGAUCACAACGUGACCUUGACCUUAGAAACUAGGGUCAAGGUUAAAACGAGGCUGUAUGCCGUCAUUGGUGCUCCAGAUGAUCCCAUAAUCACAGAUGCCGACGAAAAUUUGGGAAUAUCUUUUUUUCUGCUUUCCCCUCGCUGUUGAUAAGAAGAAUCUUUGAUAUUAUAUUGUCCUUACGCCGUGAAUAAAUGUGUUUUAUGUUCGUCAUCCGAAAUUUUUGAAACGAAAUAUACUUAGUUUCCGGUUUUAAUAGAAACCAUGUUCCCGAAAAUGACAGCAGUGAGUCACUACAGUCCAACUGGCAUCAGAGUGAAGUGGAAUAAACUACGUACCUUGGUACUUCGCCAAUUAACACAUUAUAACGUGACGUAUGAAGAAGUUGGUGAGGCAGGUCAUCCAGUAUUGAACUCUUCGAGUACAACUGUGAAUGUAAGGGCGGAUUCAAGGAAACUGACACUUAGUGGACUCAAGACAUACACAACGUAUAAAAUAAGAGUGGAACCUGUCACCUUUGAUGCCAAGAUGCAUAACAACAGAAUCAUGUUUGCAGGUAUGAUAAGUUAACAUCGGAUCCAAAUUUAUCUCCACAACGAAUUUCUGUCUUAGUAAUGAUUACCUUGUUUUUAAGGCAGUGUAGUCGGGUUGGUUUAAACCUGUGCAAGGAAAAAAACACUUGACACUCUCGUAAUAUUUCAAGUUACAUUUUGUGCCACGAUACAGUUUCAAGUUGAGCAACGAACCAAUUUGCUCUGUCAAAUAAACUAACACAUCGAAAAAGUCACGUCAUCGACUUUGAAAUAACUAAAAACCUGUCUAACCGGUUAUAUCAAGCACAAAAUAGAAAUAGAACGUGACAUCACCCAUCUUAGGGACUCUUCACGUGAGUCCGGUUGACUGGGCUGGCCCAGUUUCCGAGAUCUCGCCUUACCUCAAAAUACUUCGAAAAAUUUUAGAUGUGUUCAUAAGAGAGGGCGGGCUGGCUCGGUUCCCGAGAUCUCGGUUUUUUCCAACCGGGAAAAAUGUUGAAAAGUUGAUGUGGGAACGCUUACAGCACAUCUGAGCGUAACUAUCAAACGUUAACAAGAUCUAAGCUAAAAGUAGUUUUCGGGCCCUUUUGGAGGGCAAGAGUAUGCCCUCUAUAAAAAUGGCGGCCAAUGUAAACCAUACUACUUUGUUGAAAAACCAAAGUGCCAUAAAAUAUCUCCCUUAAAUGCGUUUCCUCUCAAAUUUUGGAUUUAAGACAAUUUUUGUGUGCUCUGUCAAUUUUUGGCAUCAGCAAGAUUCUAACUCAUUGUUUAAAGGAAGCAUUGGUCACGUGACCUCUUAGUGGAAGUGGCCUAUUCUGGCGUUCCGGAUGUUGUCGUCUUGCAUUGCCUGCUGUGUUUUUCACGUCAUAAGCAUCCCAUUUAACUGCAGCGGUACAGCUUUAAGGGUUGCCAAAGCUAUGGUAGUCUCAAAAGUUAUAAUUUUUGCGUUUCGCCAUGUUUGCUUUGUUUCUCGUAUUUCGGAUCAUGACCUUAGCCUUUUCUUAUCUCGGACCGGGCAGGAAUUUCUCAUAUGAACACAAGGCGAAAUUCGUCCCGUUAACCGGGCUCAUGUGAAGAUGAAAUGUUAUUCAUUGGUGUUAAGGUAUUCCUGUGCAGAAAAGAGGUUAAUUACUUUUACUGGGGUUUCCUAUACACAUAGGUACGCACGAAUGGUUAAAGAAAAAAACUUGUUGAAAACUGAAACGUCAUGGGGUUAAGGUAGAAGUGCUGUACGAAAGACUGCAUAAUGCAGAUGUCCAAGUCAAACGAUGAAACAUUCUAAAAGUUUUGAACCUAGUAGACAUUUCAUAAGUAGGUGGUGAAUGACCGACCGGGUGAGAGUAGUCCUGAAUGGGACUUUGUAAAGAAGAGAGUCCUAUGUGGGACUACGAUCGACCGGUCGAUUAUUCGCCACCUACUUAUGCGAUGAAACAUUGAUACAAAACUAAAAGCAACUAUUAUUAAAAGCUACUGAGCGAUUGUAUCAUUACUUUUGUGCUUUAUUGAACGAAAGCGAAGAGUAGGCAAUUUUUCGUUCCAUUUUUUUCAGAAACAUGCCGCUGUCCACAAGUUAUGUUCGCCAACUGGUACCCCAAACCCCCUUACAUUAUCAAAGAAAACUCAACUGCCAAACCACGCGGUAUUAUCCCAGAAAUUCUAGUGCAUAUGCUGCAAGUCUCAUGCGGCCAGUGCCUCGCCUAUCAGACUUGGAACAUAAGCUACAUUUUCAACAAAACAGAGAACAUUUUGGACCGAGAUAACCUAGCAUGGGUGGAUUUCCGCUUUCCAGUCAGAUCAGCUGUUGGGAGAACUACAUACAGGGGUAUUCACAAGUACAUUCCUCUUUUGACCAUUCCUGGUGUGGCGUUGAUGACAAGAAAAAAGACACCGUCUGUAUAUGCUCGUGACUUAAGCAAUUCUGUGCUGGCUUGUUGGCCUAUUUUCGCAGUUAGUUUUUCUAUGGCGAUAUUAACUGGCAUCCUUAUUUGGUUUGUGGUGAGUCACUUAAUUAAGAAUAGUCAGUGUCGUUUCAUCAAAUUAAAUAAGUACAAGUCAUGUUAAAUUUUCCGAGGGAGUGUCGUUUGUAAAUUAACACAGUGUAAACUGCUAAUGGCUAGACUGAGUGAGAAAGAAAGAGGAACGGAAUUGUAAACGGAACUUGUCCCAUGAAAUAAACAGGAUUUUUAAGCCUAGCCGCUUUAUAAAUCUCCAGGUUGCUAUUAGGCAAAAACGGCACGUAAGUCUCCAGCUUCGUUUGGAUUUCCACUAAGAAUGAAUGGAAUGCAUAGAACGUAAUCUGAUCAUAGUUGUUUGGGCCUUCUUCAGGAGGCUCCUGCCUUCUAUCAUUUGCAGUCUGUUGACGUGUCUUUUGACCAGCCAUUACGUGAAACACGUAAAUUGGACCGCGUUGGACCAGUAGCGUGUACUCCGUAAUCUUUGGCUAUUACUAUCUUUUAAAUAAGAUUUCACAAGACAAGAGGCACAACCGUUUUAACCGCCUUUUUUCUGCCCAACGAUAUAAGUACCUGCCCUCCUAAAUAGUUUUUAGCUGGGCACAGCAACAGCGUGACGUUUGGUACAAGGCCUUUUACGGACCUAACGCAACUGCAGGGCUGGGAAUUGAUUUUACUACUUAACAUCCCAACAUGUAAGUCUUUUACCUCGCUGGGUGAUCGAUCUUUUCAUAUUGCUGCCCCAAUACUGUGGAACGAUCUUCCCCUUUUUAUUAGAAAUACAUCUUCAGUAAAGGGUUUUAAAAAGACACUAAUUUACAAACACAUUUAUUUCAGCGUUCCUAGCUAAUUUAUUCUUACUAUUAUUACUUUUAUAAAUUAUCAACUUGGAUUUGUAACUAGGAUUUUAAGGAAUAAUUAGUCAUUGCCUAGAAUUUUGGAAUUAUUAUUUUUAUAAAUUAUUAAGUAGGAUUUGUAAAUAGGAUUUUAGUUAUUAUUUAGUCAUUGUUUUUAGAAUUUUUAGAAGUUUGUUAAUUAUUAUUAUCAUUCAUUCAAAAUAUUUUCCCGAUUCUGACUGGCUAAAAAGCACACGCAUAAUUCACCAUAACCAGCUACUGAUGACCAAAUUUGGAAGAAUUUUGCGAUUAAUGAACCGAUGACGUCAAAAGUGCAGCUUCCUUGCAGGUUAAUGCACCGUUAACCGAGAAGACCUGGGGACGAGGUUGAGUUGUUUUGGUUGUGAAAACAAAAAUGGCGGACAUUUCACCCGUUUCAAGAGUAAGAACUAGGCGAAAUAAUAGCUAAAAACAUGGCAAGAACAGCAAGAAGUCAACUCGAAGGGCUAUAUCUGCUAUUUGGAGAAUAUUUGCGGAGCUGAACAACCCUAAACGUGCACUAUCGAAGAUGAACUUAAAAUCGAUGGAGAUGAGCAUGUUUUAGCCAUGUUUUUAAACUAGGAAUUAUUUUGAAUGAAUGAUAAAACAAUUAUUGAAUUCGGCUUUCGUAUCAUAUGAAGAAUUAUGGAGAUCUCGGAGGGUGUUAUCCGUCGAGGCCGUAGGCCGAGGCGGAUAACACCCUUCUCGAUCUCCAUAAUUCUUCAUAAGAUACUCAGCCUCAUUCAUUAAUUGUUAAUUAUUUAUUAAUGUAGAUUUACUUUUUUAUAUAGAACUUUUAAGUAGGAUUUAUGUAAUGCGCAAAUGAAAAUUAUUCUAUAGAUUGAUAUUUGCGCGAUACAAAUUAAUAAAUAACAAUAAUAAAAAUAAUUUUUAGAUACAUGGCGCUUAUAUUGGAUAUUGAUAUUAUCAUAAUUUCUUAAUCAUUGUUUAAUGUCAUUACUACCUCUCUCUGUUUUAUAGGAAUAUAAUUCUAAUUCUCAGCAUUUCUUCAACCAUUUCCAUCAAGGCAUCGUGGAAGGAAUAUGGUGGUCCCUUGUUACCAUGACAACUGUGGGGUAAACAAUAUUAAUUAGAACCAGUGAAUAUAAAACAAUAGUUUGCAUCCAAACUAAUGACCAUCCGUUCUCGCAACAAAUUAAUAUGAAAAGCAAAUUGAAAUGUAAUGUGACGAGUGCUUGAGACAAAUUAAUCUUGACUGUUAUGAAGUGAAAGUUGCAUUUGUUCUGGCAAAAGCAAAGAAGAUUUUAAUGGGCAAGAUAAAGUGAUAUGAUACGAAAUUCAAUCAUUUUUGCUUGUAAGAAGAACUAUAAUUCCAAGAGUGGCAACCAAAACACGUUAUUAUUAUUCUAAAUGGCAGCGUGCUGAAAAUUUGAAAGCUUGAUAAACUAGCCGAUAACUAUCUGACGGUUGAUCCGAUUUAUAAUUCUUUUCAAAAAAAGUAAUCUUAAAAAAAUAAUUGUUAACUCUUAACCUCUUUCUGACAUGCUACUACAUACAUAAAAAUAACCUUUCUUCUCAAAAAUUUUAUUCGUUAAUUAAAUUUUAGACACGUCAUGUAAUUACUCGGCCUUACUUUUAUCUUAAAUGAACUUUCCCUUCAAGAUGAUACUAUUGUUCUUCUAUCUUCAGGUACGGGGACAGAUACCCAAAGACCAUUCUCGGGCGUUCAAUUGCUAUUGUUUGGUUCCUGGCCGGAAUCGUUCUGUCUUCUCUUUUAGUUAGCUCUCUGACUUCCUCCAUGUCCGUAAGGAUUCUCGAUAAACAUUUAAGCGUGGCCACUCAAGGCAGAAAGGUCAUUUAUUUUUAUUUAAUUUACAUUAUAUUUCUUUGGUGAACUAUCACGUAUUUCCGGCUUUCUUUUCUCUCUGCCGAAAGAAACUUCUAUCAGAGAUCAUUAGAGCUUGCAGAAAACGAUUUCUGUGACUUAUGAAUUCUUUAUUAACCUACAAAUUGUUUGGCUGUUUAAAUUACACACAACAAGCUCGCAAAAGGCACCUUUCGGCGUUGAGAAGAGGAUUCCAUCGCAUUUUAAAAAAAUAAUAAAAUGGAUUCAACUGCGUUUGUCGCGUAGAAGCCUGUACAUGUAGUAUAUUUUUUUGAUAUUCUUCACACAGGUUGGGUCACUGGCUCAGUUUCCAGAGUAUGAAAUUCUUGUCCGAUACAAAUCGCAAGUAGGAGGUAGUAAGUUUUGUAUAUCUAUUACUAUGACUGGUGUAGUUAUAAUUACUAGUAAAUUUCGACCCUGCUCGCCAUAGAGCCUCCAGCAGCUCGUUGGUUGGAGUAUCCGAGCUAGAACUCGGAUGGUCGUGAAUUCGAUUCUCUCCUGGAGCUCGCUUUCUAGCCUCAGGACUCUCCUUCUUCCAAAUUGGUUCAAAUGACUCGUCCGCAUGAAAACGAGACAAGAAAUAUUUAAAAGUAUUCUGAUGCACAAUUUCUCUUCUCUAAAAAGACUCAACCUUAGAUUAAAUCUAACUAAAAACGUCGGAAAGCGGAUCGAGCGAACGACACCCGCCUCGCUCGGCGCACUUUCUCAGACUAACCUUGUUGAAUUAAAGGUGUAAAACCCGUAAUUCCGUAAAUAUAUUUCUCAGGAACCACAUGAAAAUUAGCCAGCAUAACAGGCGCUAGGCGCGGGGAGGCGAAAAAAUAAAGCGCCUGUUACCAGUCCAUUGUUCUGGCUCUUCCCACGUUCACUACAUGAACGUCGCGUUCCAAUUGGUUAAUUGAUGACGCGUUGUUCUGGCUAAAUUUUGGCAUGUUUGUCUUCAACAAAAUGGCCGUCACGCAGUCACUUUCUUUUGACGAUGCUCGGUUUGAGAUGCUCUUUGUCUAUCUCCAAAUAUUUCAGAUAUAAAGGAAAAACAAAAGAAAUGUUUAAUUUAUUGUUAAAGCGGAAGGAUGUUCUUGGAAUGCUUCCAACUGGGUUUGGACAAAGCCUGAUUUACCAGCUUUUUAAAAUAAAGUGUUGACAGGCCAAACACGACUCAUGUGAAACGAGACAUUAGCGUUUGUUAGAAGAACAGGUUUUUCCUCUUUUCUUUCUCGCUGCUGUGUUUGGACAAUCUAAAAUUCGACUGAGCAAAUCCUAUUUUUGCUUCACUAAGUCUUACAUUAAAGGUGUUUCAUGCACUAAUCGCGUUCCGACGAAGGAGAACGCAUACUAUUUGAGUCUUUUUGUGCGCCGUACAUGAAGUAGUAACCGUUUAUAUCCAGGCGAUUUCACGGUUUGGACGCCAUCUUGGACAGGCCUUGCACAAUUUGCCUCGAUCUCAUGAUUCCAGUUAAUCUGUUAUCCAUUUUGUGACACUCGUUCGUUCACAGAUGAAACGGGCAGGGCUGUCAACCUCCCAUGUCUUCAAAUAUUGAGAAUUGACAGGGAUGGGAUGAUAGAUGACGUCAUAAUGCACGGCAGGUGACGUCAUUGGUGAAAAAAAAAUUAACUUCCCACCAAUCACAUCAUUGCUUAUAUUACAAUGGCAUACCGGAGUUUGUGGGGAAACGUUCGAUGUUAACCGUAAGAUAGCUCAAACAACGCAAAAUAUUUGAAAUUUCAUUGUCAGAAAGUCGAAUCUACAAGAAAUGGCAAACUUCAGCGAUUAUCCGGGAGAUUUCAGACUCUAAUCUGGAGACCGGGAGAAACGGUUCAAAAUCUGGAGUCUUCCGGAUUAUCCGGGAGAGUUGACAGCCCUGAACGGGGAUUUUCUGUUUACUACAGGUUUGUUUAUAGUUUUUCUCGCAGUUUUCAAUUAAUUCAAUCAGUUUUUUUUAUAUAGGAAAAUUUCCAUUCUAAGAUAAUCGGAUAUGUAGAUAUUAUGUUCACGAUGCGUUCUGCACACUGUAUUUGUUUUUAUGGAUUCAAGCAAGAUCAGCUUAGAUCGACCAUAUUUAAUUCUAUUACAAAUUACAUCUUUUCGCUUUUAAAGCUGUUUACAGCGUUGUAUUUGCUUUUGUUUGUCACCAUUUUUGAAAAAUAUACAAAAAGUUGAAAAGUGAAACGUUGACCUUUUCAUCUCACUAAUUUCGGGUGCGUUGAAUGAGGUGAGUCGUGUUAGCCUAGUGUCACGCAACAAGGGUUUAAAGUAAUACUCGACGCUUAAACUUUUCAGAUAAUUUAAUUUUUCUGUAUCUCAAUUUUUAGCCAAUUUUAUUGACCAUCCUAGAGUGCAAAAGAAUAUCCUGAGGAUCAUAGUCAGUGUUUGACCUGUUGUUACAUACAUGUACUUUACUUAGAGGUUUAGCUCAGUAAAUAUAAAAAGUACAGCGGUGACGUUCUUGCAUUUUUGAGGAAAAAUGAAAUAGUAACAAAUUGUAAAGUAGGAGGAUAAACAACAACACUGGUAAAGAGAGCUGCUGAUAUUUAUAUUGAUAAAAGUGUUUGAUUUUGAUAUCUCAAUAUUACAAGCCCAUCAGGGUUUGCACCCCCUUCCCAUUAGCACUCACUACCCACCAACCCAUCUCCCCUCCCCAUCGAACGCACUCCCCUAAUUUGCAAUCACUACUAGUGAGAAAUUAUUUGCUGUGGUUUAUGCUACUGUAGGUGUUUCUGGUGUCCAGAAGUGACAAUUUUCGCGCGAAUAAAGGAUCGUGUUUUGAUUGGUCCUUUUGACAUCACCACCCCCAGUCAAUGUUUGUGGGCGUAGGUGGGUGGAAGAGCCAGAACAAUGGAAUGGUAAUAGCACCUCCCCUUGCUUGGCUCAUAAAGCACCUGUUAUGUAGGCUAUCUAAAAUGUGCAAGGUCUUUUAUACACUGGUUAUUUAACGUAGUUCAGAACGCGACAAUAUAAGAUGCAUUUCCGUCAAUCUAUUCUUGCGAAACGUUCCACACCUUUACUUAUCAGUCUAGAGAUUCCUUCGGCUUGGCGUGCAACGAUCCACUUAGAAUGGAGCAGUCGCUGAAUAAUGACAAUGCACGAACAUGUCAACUGAGUGACCCGUAGAGAUUGGCACUACAGUGUAGGUUCCUGCGGGCCCGUGCACUUGUGUAAAUAAGUAAAGUCAAGAAAAUAAAGAUUGUUGUUGACUGGGUGACGGGCCAAAACUUUUGAGCAAGAGACUUGCUAUAAAUGUUUUAAAUUCAACUAACAAUAUUUUCAUUCCAUAAAGGUAAUUCCUUCCCCUCCCUAGAGAGGCUUGUUGAUGCGCUCAAACAAGACGAGGUUGAUGGUAUCUUGGUUGACGUAUACACAGCGCAUUACAGGAGCGACCUCUUUAAUGUGACCUGGAUCAAAAUCAGUCAAAUACUCGCUUAUAAAUUCACCUGUGGGGUGAUAAUUAGUGGAAAUGCAGCUAAACUGGAGCGAAUAUUUCGGGAGUAUGUCGGCAAUAAGAGUACAGUGGUCACUGAUAUUCUACAAAAGACUAACCAAGAAAAUGAAAAGGUAAUUGAUACGGCAUAAAAGACUCUCAGAAUCGUCUCAAUAACUUGCACCAAUUUCACACCAUAAUCAGUUACUCUUAUCACCAAAACGGCUGUCAUCAGUCAUCUUGACCAUCAUAUCAAUAUCCUCAGCAGUGACUCCGACUCGUCGUAUAGUAUAUUAAUAGUUUAUUAACCUUACUUUCUACAUGAAUUCUUAUCAUCAUCAUCAUCACCAUUGAAUGAACUACUGCAUUGUAUUAGUUGUUGAUUCUCUCCUUUGAUUCUCUCCUUUGCUCCGACAGGUUUUCCUCCCGGUACAGUGGUUUUCCCCUCUCCCCAAAACUAACAUUUCCAAAAUUAAUUCCAAUUCGACAAGGGUUGAUAAACUAAGACCCACAAUGUGGAUGUUCUUUCUCUAAGUCGAUGUAUAUUUUAAUUAAUUAUUUAUUCAUCAUUGGUGACGUCUCCCUAAGUGUCAUUAACACUACGUUAAUGAUCGUUCUCAAGCAGCUCCUAUCGUAUAAAACGUAUGUUUUCUCUCUCGCCGAGGGCCUUUCCUAAUAUCGAAUAUCAACUAGUAGUAGUAGCUAAGGUAAAAAGAUCUGGCACCUUCCAGUUUUGUAGCCUUGUGCCGUUGUUUACUUCAUUCUACUUUAGUUGUUCAUUCAAUUGCUCUUAGAGUAUUGAAAUAAUGAAAAAGAUUAUUGAUGAUGAUGAUCAUGAUUAUGAUGACGAUUAUACUUUAUUCAACAUGAAGAAAUGCACUACGGUUUUGAUAUUACAACAUACUGAUAUACUCCCAUAGCAAUUGCAAGCUAGUUUUCAAUUACUUAACGAAGAACUAAUCUUUGGAUAACCACAGAUUGACACAGAGUUAACUUAGUGAAGUUACUAAAUGACCUAAAACCUUACAAUCAAAUUCAACUUGAUCUAUUUCUAUAGGUUUAUCACACACAAAGCAGAAUACAAAAAGAAAAGGUUCCUCUACUGGAUCCAGGGACAGCUCUGUUUAACCUGAGUCUAUUUAUCUUGUUCUCCCUGCUGUGCGUAGCUGUUAUUAUUGGAAUGUUGUAUCAGUUAUGGUACAGUGGACGCCAAAAACGGCGUUACGAUAUACAAGGUACCGCAACUCGUUGACCACUGAAGUUUCAAGCUAGUAAUAUCUUUAUAGGACUAAGAUAAUCCGAGAAAACCACGCCGAAUGAUUGAGUAGGCAAAUCCAGGGGGUUUGAGAAUGGAUCCCCCAAUGAUCUAUCAUAGUAGGUGGGGCUAAACAGAAUGGGUGAGCAUCAGCACAUUAGGGGGUGAGAGGCAUGCUUUCCCGGGAAAAAUUGCAAAUUCAGCACUACUGAAAUGCAGAAUAAUUUAUACCAAAGGCCUUUUUCUAAUGUUUUUUUUUUAUAUUGCAUGUUUGCAGCAAUAAGAAUGAGAGAAAGGAAAGAAUAUAAGAGGACGAAACAGGAGCUACAAUCUACAUUGGAAGAGUUUUAUCAACGUUUUUAUUUAACGUACAAACAAAUGCGGUUGAAACAUCGCAAGCAGCUAAAAUGUUUGAAAAAAACGGAAAAGUCUCUAAAUAACCUACCGAACAGGGACUUGGUCUAG